AUGACGAGCGAGAACAGCGGCGUGGACGCGACGGUUGGAAACGGUUUGAAAAAAUCAAACUCAACGAAGUCGGUGACGUCGUCGAAUGCGAGCGUCUCGAGGGCGACGACGACGGUGCGCGAGGGUACGGGUGAGGUCAUGGAGUGUGGAUCGAUUUCGGACGCGGAGGGACGGGCGGUGAGUCCGAUAAAGUCGGCGAGGCAGUCGGCGAGCUGGACGACGCUAGGGACGCCCGAGCCGAGACCGGGCGUGGACGAGCCGGACGCCUCGUUUCAUUUCGACGAGGUCGGCGAGGGGUUCGACACGGACGGUGAGGAUACGAUGAGCUUCGAUAGCGCGAAUUUCUCCAUGGCGGUGAACAUGACGAUGGAUACGGAGAACGAGACGUUCCACAGCGUCAGCGCGCGCUCGCGUUCGCUUGACGCUUUUUACGACGACGAAAUCUCGAGCACGAGUGCGCGAGGAAAGAAAGCGGUGUGGGCAAUCGGCAAGUCCAUCUUCGGCUUCGCCGUUGGCUUUGGCGUCGUCACUCUCAUCGCGGUCGAGAUCGCCUCGCGUGUCGAGUCGAGCGCCUCCGGGAAGCCCAAUCGUCGCUCGCUCGGCACCAUCCUCCGUAAGAAAACCCACGCAGACGCGGACACAUCGAGCGACGUCGAUACGAAGACGAAGAUGACACAAACCCUGAACCACUAG